GGAUCUCUGGACACGGUAAACACUUGACUUCACCUCCGACCGUGCCAGCUCCUGCGUUCGCCUCUCUGAGGGUCGUUUUUAAAGUAUCCGGCCUUGACUUUGGGGAUAUUUAUUAGCUCAGAGACUCAUUUAACGGAAUUAGUCGUCCUCUGAGGAGAUGUCAGAUUUCGACAGCAACCCGUUUGCGGACCCGGAGUUCACCAAAUCUUUUCAGGAUCCAUCAGUAACACAAGUGAGACCGGCGGCUCCUCCAGGGUUAGAGGAGUACAAUCCCUUCACAGAUGCCAAACCAACGCCUGCAGGUAUGGCACCCAAAACUGCAGGCCCCACCAUGAACACACAGCCUGCCAUCAUGAAACCCACAGAGGAGCCUCCAGCCUACUCACAGCCUCAGGCACAGGAGCAGUCGCAAGCAGCCACUGAGCUGCUGAGGAGACAGGAGGAGCUGGAGAGGAAGGCUGCAGAGCUGGACCGCCGGGAGAGAGAGAUGCAGUCAUUCACUGCUUUGGGAGGCAGGAAAAACAACUGGCCUCCCCUCCCAGAGAAGUUCCCUGUGGGUCCUUGUUUCUACCACGAUAUUACUGUGGAUAUUCCUGUAGAGUUUCAGAAGACAGUUAAAAUCAUGUACUACCUGUGGAUGUUUCAUACUGGCACGCUGCUGGCUAACAUGAUUGGCUGUCUCUCCUGGUUCAUUGUGGAUGGAAGUCGUGGGGUGGACUUUGGCCUAGCCAUCCUCUGGUUUAUACUCUUCACACCAUGUUCUUUUGUAUGUUGGUACAGGCCACUUUAUGGUGCAUUCAGGAGCGACAGCUCAUUCCGAUUCUUUGUUUUCUUCUUCGUGUACAUCUGCCAGGUUGGGGUCUAUGUUCUUCAGUCUGUUGGCAUCCCUGGUUGGGGCGCCAGCGGGUGGAUCUCAGCUUUGACUGGCCUGAAUACGAACAUCCCAGUGGGGAUAAUAAUGAUCCUCAUUGCUGCUCUCUUUACCUCACUGGCUGUCAUGUCCCUUUGCAUGUUCAAAAAGGUCCAUGGAAUGUACCGCACCACCGGCGCCAGCUUUGAGAAGGCCCAGCAGGAGUUCGCCACAGGCGUCAUGUCCAACAAGACAGUCCAGACGGCUGCUGCUAACGCUGCCUCCAGGGCUGCACAGGAAACCCUCAAGGAGCAGAUCUGAUCGGCAUCUCUCCGUCCAGCCCUCACCUCCCCUCUGCAUCCAUCUUCCACUUACAACAGCCUUGUUUGAACACAUGGACUGUGGUUUAUGUGAGGGCGCUACAGCUGACCGUCCAGUCAGCUAUGGUCUGUAACGUCAGUCAGCGUGAGAAAACAACUACUAAGAACAUUCAAACAGGCUCUUCUGUCUUACUCUACCUGCCCCCAACAACAUGGUGCACUCUGGGACUCCUCACCUCUGCUGCACUCGUACCACUCAACCAGCGUGCUCCACUUCAUUUUUUUCUGUGUGGGUUUGUGUGCAUGUGUAAAUGAAUGUUUGUGUGCCUUUUUUAAAUGUCAUCGCCGCCGCCUCGAGGCCUGUCUGUCUUCUGUAGACAGAUUCUAAUGUAGCUGUACCGACUCUCUGAACCUAACUGGGCAUUUCUCUCCGUAAACCAGCUCAGAAAUCCUCUGCGCCCCCACAACACUGGCUUCUGCUGGUUUUUGAUUUAUCAAUCUAAUCACCACUUUCUAUUUUUAACUUAAUUUAUUAUUGGAAGCCAUCUGGUACCUUGAGAUAGUGCACACGUAGCAGCAUUCUUUGAUCCAUUUUGCUGUUUUCAGUGCAUAACUUAACACUACUGACCCCUGGUGGAGUGAGUUUGUAUUGCUGAAGAUGAAUGCUGUGCAUUCCAGUACACUGCUUUGCCUUCUAAUUUUUGCUUUCCUCAGAAUUAGGUUUUAGAAAGUGUGUAGUCUUAACUUCCUUCAAGUGAUGCUUCACCUAAAAUCUUAUCUGUUCAAGUAUCAAACACUCAUCAAAGCAGAGUGCAGGGCUGCAACCUGUUUUCGCUGCAAUGAAGCAUAUUCAAUUUACAUAUAUUCAAUUUACAAUGAUGCAAGGACGACAAAAACAGAAAAUCAUCACAUUUAAGAAGUUACUAGCAAAAAAUGUACCAUUAGUAGCUUUAAUAGUGGUGUGGUCUUAUGUCAAGAGCUAUUGGACAAAUUGCCUGGUUCAUUUCUACAGAAAUUCUAUCUCUCCAGAUGAUUAUUCUUGCUGUUUUUCCUCUAGUGCGAGCAUAAUAUUCUUUUAGUGAAAUGGCUCAAGAACGAUUAGAUUGUCAUGAAAUUAGGUACACACAACUAAUGAUUAUUUUUCUUGAUUAAUGGGUUAGUUGUUCAGUCUAUAAAAUGUAAAACAUGUCGAACAGUGUUUCUCAAACCUCAAGUGAUGCCCUCAAAUGUCUUCUUUUGUCCAUAACCCAAAGAUAUUCAGUUUUUCAUCAUACAGGAGUAAAGAAUUUCUUUUAUUCUUCAACAAUUACUCAAACUGAUUAAACGCAAAUCAAAAUAGUUGAUUAAUUCAGUCGUUGACCACUAAUCAGUUAAUUGUUGCAAAUCUGCUGAUUACUUGUAAUGACUUCAGGAAUCUGUGAAUGUUCCUUUUAAAGCCACCAUGAGAAUUCUUUCAGUGAAAUGUCUUAACAACUAUUGGAUGGAUUAUUUUGAAAUUUAGUACAUACAGUCACGGUCCCCUCAGGGUGAAUUAUUAUCAUUUAAAUAUUUGACUUUUCAUCUUAUGCCAUCAUCAGGUCAGAAUUGACUAACUGUUAAAGCAGAUUAUAUUGUUUUGAUUUUCUUCUAUGUAAAAAUGUGUCGCUUGGUUUCGACAAACUAAACUUAAGCCGACUACAGUCAUUGUUCUCUAUCAUCUACAGACCUUAAACAGCCACCUCUCCUGCCUUCAAACAGUGUUUGAUUUUGAGUGAGUUAUCACUUUAAAGUUUUCUCUCAAGUCCUUCUUUGCUUGAAAUCUUUUGCCUAUAUUGAUUUACAUUUCCAUUGUGAAAUAACACCAAGUUGCACUUUAAAUCUGGACAUUAGAUUCUUUGUCUACUUACUGCAUUCGGUGCAAGUGGAAUGAUAUUUAUAAUAAUGCCCUCACUUCUUUUGCUCAUCAACUCAUAUCGUCUAUAUGCACCAGCUGAGUUCAGCUUAGUUUUCACAUGAAGUCUACCUUUUGUGUUAUUUCCUCGAAAAGACAGUAAUGAAUGACACCUAAAGUAAGAGAUCCACCUAUCUCUGUAUACAGCUGCAUGUUUAUACAGGUUUUUGAAGAGGAAAGUAUAAUUCGUCUCCAGCUGUUCUUGCGUGCUGGAGAUUUACCUCAGCUUUACUCAGGAUACUCUUCACUUGCAUGACGAAGUUAUACAAGACUGUAAAAAGUUCAAUUGGCCCCUGGUUUUAAAAACGUGUUUUAUUGUAAUAAAAGUAUUUUAAAAGAUGACAAAAAAUGGCAGUAAUGUUGAUGUAAGUUGUUAUAAUCGCCUGUUUAUUCAUAAAUUUAAAAAUGUGGAUGAACUAUCACUGAACUCCAGCAAACCCACAAUCAAACGGUUCUCUUUCUUGAUCAUAUUUAGAAUCAGCAAAAUUUUUCAAUGCAUUUCACCUGCUGAAGAGUCAUCGAAUGUGUCUUUUUCUACAUACUGUAUGAGCUGCAGAGCAGUUUCCACUGUCUGAUUGUGCGCCAUAUCUCUGUUGCAUCUCAUGUUGAAACCAGUGAAGAGUUUGUAUGUUUAUGUUGUGUAGGAGUGUAAAUAGGGGGAAUUUGGCCUUAAGUCUUAAUCUGUGUGCAGGGCAGAGUCUGGCUGUGGGUCUGGGAUCCUUCUUGAUUUCCUACAGAGAUUUUUUCAAAUCUGUUAAGCCUCUCUGCUUUAGUUUUUAUUUUCCUCACUGGCCUAAUUUGGAUCGGUACAUGUGUAUGCCUAAGUACAGAUAGAGAUUAUUCUUGAAAAGAAUACAGACUGAAUAGCACCUACAGAUUUUUCUGGUCAUUUUUGACUCGGUUAAAAAUAAAGUGAGAAAGGUGAUAGACUGCAAUGCAAUGUGAACUGUGUGAUGUACUGUAGACCGACUGUGGCUUCAAGCUGUGCUUUAUAAUCAUAUUCAUUAUUCCUGAUAUGCGGUAGAAACACUGACAAUUAAAUGAAAAAGCUCAUAAGCAUCUCUAAUAAUUAAGGUUUAUUGAAAUUAACGAGGAUAAAUAUUAAGGGAUGUUUGUAUAUUUUGUAUGAUUUACAGAUGGCUGGCUAUUUGCUCUAAAUUUUGGUGUAAUUUUAAGAUGCACUCUGGUUUCACCUACAGUCGCAUGUUGAGUAGUUUGAGUUUUGUAUAUUUAUUGUAUUAACACUGAAUAAAAUUCUUCUUCUGUA